AAACACGUCUUUUAAAAAUCUUGUAAAUUGCACGAUCGAAAAUGUUUACUACGGGACGCAAGCAUAAAAAUUAUUGGUUGAAGUGAUGAGGAUGAGCGUCAAGUAUCUCACCGCUUUAAAUCUGAUUAGUCUGAUAAGCCGCAUAGGCGGCAAUAACAUUUUUAACCUCGGCGAUUCAAAUUAUGAAUACGAGUUUGAGCACUUGUACAAAUGGACGAGUUUCAACAGGGGCUUCUGUCAAGCUAGAAAAGUCAACAAACCGAUAAUGCUGUUUGUCCAUAAAAUGCAAUGCCCCGGUUGCGUGAAGUUAAAAAAGAAAUUUGUCAAGUCCGUGCGACUGAUGGAUCUCAGCGAUCGCUUCAUCAUGAUAAAAGCAGAAAUGGGCAAAGACUCGAAUUUGAAACAUAAAACAUUUCAUCCGGAUGGGAAGUACGUGCCGAGGAUAUUGUUCUUCACUUCGGAAGGCAAAUUGAUAAAAGAAGCGUACAACCGAUGCCCGGAUGCUGACAAGGAUUAUAAAUACUUUUACAAAUCCGCCGGGCAAGUCGUGGAGACGAUGUUGUACGUUUUAAAUAAGUACACGAACGACGCGUUGCCAGUCGCGUUCCAGCAGGAACAAUCGAAACCGGAAGCUUGCGAUCCGGAGGACGAAAUCAUUCUCCCUACUUUGUUAUAUUGAUGCUAAACGAUUUGGAAAUAAUAUUCUUUCCUAAUUUAUAAUGAUCUUUUCAAGUAUCGAUAGACUGCGGAUUUGAUGUGUUAUUAAACAA